UCGUUUGGAAAAGCAUCCUCAGAGCAGUGCUCGAACUGGAGAGAACAAGAUGAGACUGACGGUUGCAGCUAUCGCCCUCUGCCUGGUCGCCGUGGCCAGCGCAGCCUACGUUCCCGUGGACAAACCCGUGACCGGUGUCAAGUAUGCCGACAAGGAAUUUUUGAUUAAGCAAAAGUUCUUCUUCGAGGUUUUCCGUAACAUCCAUCUGCCUCUCACGUUCGAAGAGUACAAACCGUACACCAAGACCUGGGUCAGCGAUGAGACCAAGUAUGUCAACUACAAGGAGGUGGUCGAGUUCUUCGACUACUUCAAGUUUGGCUUCCUGCCCAAGGGAGAGAUGUACACCGUCUACAACGUUGAUUACAUGAAGCAGACCUACCUGCUGUUCAACUUCUUCUACAACUCGGCCGAUUGGGACACUUUCUACAAGAACGUCGUCUGGGCCCGCGAGAAUGUGAACGAAGGCAUGUUCAUCUAUGCCCUGACCAUGGCUACCUUCCAGCGUGCUGACCUCAAGGGAAUCGUCCUGCCGGCCAUCUACGAAAUCUACCCGUACUACUUCUUUAACACCGACAUGAUCCACAAGGCUCUGUAUAAGAAGCUGUACGAACCCAAGUUCGGUUUCGCUAGCAACGGCAAGUACAACGUGGUUUACUCCAACUAUACCGCUGUGUACCCAUUGGACUAUUUCGGCGAGGAAAAGAUGAGCUACUUCACUGAGGAUAUCGGUCUGAACGCUUACUACUACUACUUCAUGAUGGACUAUCCGUUCUUCCUGGGCGAAUCCAAGUACAACCUGUUCAAGGACCGUCGCGGUGAGCUGUACUUCUAUAUGUACCAGCAGCUGAUUGCUCGUUACUAUCUGGAACGUUCUGCCAACUUCAUGGGACCGAUUGAGGAAUUCACCUGGGAACAGCCCAUCAAGACCGGAUAUUGGCCCAAGCUGAGCUUCUGGAAUGGAGUGCCAUUCUACGGACGUUACGAUAACUUUGUCAUUGCCCCGAAAUACUUCUACAAGUUCGACAUGAUCAAGGACUACGAAGCCCGCCUGCGCCAGACCAUUGACAAGGGAUACUUCUACCUGGAGGAUGGAUCCAAGAUUGACCUGCGCAAACCCGAAUCGAUCGACUACCUCGGAAACCUGUUCAACGCCAACCCCGACAGCCUGGACAACGAAUACUUCAAGCACAUUGAAUUCUUCGCCCGCAACAUGUACAGCAACUCUGACAUGUUCUACUCCGGAUCCAAGGUUUGGCCGAGCGCUCUGAUGCAGUACGAGACUUCGAUGCGCGAUCCCUUCUUCUAUCAGCUGUACAACAAAUUCCUGUCUUACUACUGGCAAUUCAAGAGCUACCUGCCCCUCUAUACCUUCGAGGAGCUGAGCUUCAAGGGACUCGAGAUCAAGAACGUUGUUUUCGACAAGCUGAUGACCUACUUUGAAUACUUCGAUGCUGAUAUCAGCAACGUCAUCCCGUCUGGUUUCACCGGAGAGAAGUUCUGGGACUACUCCAUCUUUGCCCGUCAGAAGCGCAUCAACCACAAACCGUUCACCUACACCAUGGAUGUCUACAGCGAGUUCGCCGGCAAGGGUGUUGUCCGCAUGUACAUGGGCCCGAAAUUCUACGACGUUAAGCAGCUGCAGUACCUGAAGAAGUAUUUCGUCGAGGUUGACCAGUACAUGUACGACUUUGUCGUUGGCAAGAACAGCAUCGUCCGCAACUCUCGCGACUACUACUGGAGCGUCCGCGACCGCACCACCUACAGCGAACUCUACAAGAAGGUCAUGACCGCCUACAAGGGUGAGGACAAGUUCGCCAUGGACAUGUCUGAGGCCCACUGCGGCUUCCCUGAUCGUCUGCUGUUGCCGAAGGGUCUGCCCAGCGGCUACGAAAUGACCUUCUACUUCAUCAUCACCCCGUACUACGCCCCCAAGGUCGAGCAGUUCUCCACCUUCGACUACUCGUACAGCUGCGGUGUUGGAUCUGGCUCCAAGUACAUCGACACUCUGCCGUUCGGAUUCCCCUUCGACCGCGAGAUCGACUUCAGCUACUUCUUCACCAAGAACAUGUACUUCAAGGAUGUCAUCGUGUACCACAGCGACGACAUGAAGUUGAAUACGUCGUACUAAACACUACCGACCGACUGAUGAUGGACCGUUGAGCUAUUUCUGUAGAAUAAUGAAAUCCAAUAAAAUCAAUUGACAACCAAAA